AUGGGUGACUAUGGCUCUGAAAAUCUUGCCUGUGGCUCUAAAGAGGCUUCACCGUCGCUCACGAUUCACGCCCCUGAAGCACAUGUCUCCCCACUAAUCUCACCGGACGUCGAAAGUUACACCCAUACAACCUUUCUAGACGAGCAGAACGGAAUCCUGAAUCAAUCAAGUCACUAUCCACGUGACCAAGCAGACAAAGCCCGUGCAUAUCUGAGAGCUCUUUGGUCUGACGGUCCUCGUUCAUCUACUAAACCUGUCGAGUUCAUAAUACCCUAUCUAUCCUGGUCCGCGCUAAGAGAUGAUCCUGAGUUUACGCUACAAAAACUCAAAAUCUCAUAUGACUCCUUGAAAUCAGUCUUCACUGUCUUUCCAAUGGAGAGCAUGAGACAUGGUCAUAUCCUUGGAUGGGUCAAUCAACUUGCAACUUUCGCUCAACAGAACUUUGAUACGUCGAUUAGCCGAAGAUUCAAAACCAUUCAGAAUAUUGGAGUCAGGGAUUUCAAAGGAAAAUGGGACGGGUCAUUCAGAAAACCAGACUUUGUUAUUGCAUGGAGAAAGGAUAAUGGUGGAAUUGACAUUCAUACUAUUGUCGAAGUUGGUGUCUCUCAGUCUCAGAACCAAUUCCGCGAAGUUAUGGAAAUGUACUUUGAAGGACUACCUCAGAUCUCCAGAGUCAUCUUGAUUGACAUCAUUGAGGCCCCUCAGUAUGUACAGCCAAAGAAUUUCGACAUUGAUGAACUCAAGAAUCUUAACAGCACAGAGUUCCAAGUUGCUUCAAAUCAGGGGCCAGUCUGGUACAAGGGCAUCCAAUGGGUAGGGCACAAUACGAUUUCCUGGGAGGUUUGGGAACGAGAUCCAAAAAUGGGAUACCCAGUUCAGAUCUUUAAAACAACCAUUAUUCCGAAUGACAGCGGGUUCCAACUUCCAUUCUUCGAAAUACCCACUUGGAUCGCUGAUAACAUCGAGGCUGUUACGGUUAAAUCAGCAGAUAUCGAUCAUCUUUGGUCUAAUGAUUUAAGAGACGCAGUCAUAGAGGAGGCAAAGUGGCGGAUGGGAGGAUAUGUGAGCGAAAGAAGCAAGCAAGCAGAUGAGACAGCAAAUAUCGCUAGGCAAGAGGAAGAAGCAGAAAAGAAGAAGCAGAAGGCUAAUGAGGAACGCGCAAAGCGAGCUCGGCAUCGGCGAGGAGAUCAGGACAACUAA